AUGGAGGGAGGAGGAGGAGGAGGAGGAGGACAUCAGAAUAGCAAUCAGGAUGAGAGGGCAUCGAAGAGGACGCGGACGCAAAAGGCCGCCCCCUUGGCCGACAGGAUGCGUCCGCGGACGCUGGACGACGUGUGCGGGCAGGAGCUGGUGGGCCCGAACGGCGUCCUCCGGGCCCUGAUUGAGUCGGGCCGCGUACCGUCCAUGAUACUCUGGGGCGGGUCGGGGACGGGCAAGACCACCAUAGCGCGGUGCAUAGCCAGCCGGGUGGGCAGCCGGUUCAUCGAGAUGAACGCGACGAGCACGGGGGUGGGGGAGUGCAAGCGCAUCUUCCACGAGGCGGCCAACGACCUGGCGCUCACGGGCCGGCGGACCAUCGUCUUCUGCGAUGAGAUCCACCGCUUCAACAAGGCCCAGCAGGACGUCUUCCUCAACCCCGUCGAGUCCGGCACCGUCACGCUCAUCGGCGCCACGACCGAGAACCCGAGCUUCAAGGUCGCCAACGCCCUGCUGUCGCGCUGCCGAACCUUUACCCUCAGACCGCUCGACACCGAGGACAUUGUCCGCAUCCUACGCAGGGCAAUGGCGGAGGAACUCGGCACGGGCACAGACGCAGGCGCAGGCACAGGCACAGGCACGAGCACAGACAACAGCACUGGCGCCGGCGCCGGCACCGACACCGGCACCAGCACCGGCGCCACCGGCGGGGGGACGCAGCACCUGCUCGACGACGAGAUGCUGAGCUACCUGGCCCGCUUCAGCGACGGGGACGCCCGCACGGCCCUCAACCUCCUGGAGCUGGCCAUGUCGCUCGCGUCCCGCGGCGGACCCGACGCACCGACAAAGGACGACAUCAAGGGCUCGCUGACCAAGACGCUCGUGUACGACCGCGGCGGCGACCAGCACUACGACAACAUCUCGGCCUUCCACAAGUCCGUCCGGGGUUCCGACGCCGACGCGGCACUGUACUACCUCGCGCGCAUGCUCCAGUCGGGCGAGGACCCGCUCUUCGUGGCCCGCCGCAUGGUCGUCAUCGCCUCCGAGGACGUCGGCCUGGCCGACAACUCCCUCCUCCCGCUCGCCACGGCCGCCUACACGGCCACCCAGCAGAUCGGCAUGCCGGAGGCCCGCAUCCCCCUCGCCCACUGCUGCGUCGCCCUCUGCUCCGCCCCCAAGAGCACCCGCGCCUACCGCGCUCUCAACAACGCCUACUCCGCCCUCAGGGAGCCCGGCGUCGCCAGCCUCCCCGUCCCCCUGCACCUGCGGAACGCGCCCACGCGCCUCAUGCGCGACCUAGGCCACGGCGCAGAGUACAAGUACAACCCCAACUAUCGCGACGGAAAGGUUCGACAGACUUACCUGCCAGACGCCUUGGUCGGCAGACGCUUCCUCGAGGAUAGGCAUCUCGGGACUGAGGUCGACCCGGAUCUCGAGAUGGAGGAUGCCUGA